GCCAAGGAGAGCGGCCACACUCUGCAGGAGAGGAAGGACUUAGAGGUCCAGCUGUACAGUCAGAACAAAGGGAAACAAUCAAGGCAAAGGAAUGAGCAAGACUCAGAAAGAAGUGAAGAAAAUCCAGUCAGUUUAUCUGCAGAACUUGGACAAACUAAACCAGGGGAUAAAGCCAGACAAGAAAAGUUGGAAACCAAAGGAAGGAGACUUUGCUGUGCAAACAGCCAUGGAAAAGCUGCGGCAGCCUCCCAUAGCUGGACAAGUCACCAAAAGCUCAGCCCACAGAAUCAGCAGAGACCUGACCUGCUCCAUCUGCUUGGAUCUUUUCAAGCAGCCGGUGUCAUUGCCCUGCGAUCACACCUUCUGCCAGGGGUGCAUUGAGGGCUACUGGACUGGUCCCCGGGGCUCCGGGCAGGGUGGCACGGGCUCCUGCCCUCAGUGCAGGAAGGUGUACCCCGGGCAGAGCUACAGGCCCAACCGCAUUGUUGCCAACAUAGUGGAGAGCUACUGUCAGGGCCUGGAGGAGAGCGGGACUGGAGCCCGCCUCGCAGAUGUUGGGGUGGCAGAGAGGGUUCCAGCUCCGGUCCCCCGCUGCAGCAGACACCGGGAGGAGCUGAAGCUGUACUGUGACGAGGACCAGGAGCUGGUGUGUCUGGUGUGUGGUGUCUCCCAGGAGCACAGAAAUCAUACCAUGGUGUGUGUGCAGGAGGCUGAACAGAAGUACAGGGCGUCUCUGAACAGCUCCAUGGAUUCCCUCAAAGCUGAGCUCAACACAGCGCUGCAGUGUGACAGAGAAGCUGAGGAUGAGGUUAAAAAGCUCAAGGAGCACACCGCCGACCUCAAGCAGCGCAUCGAGGCCCAGUUCAGCGACCUGCACCAGUUCCUGUACCAGGAAGAGAAGCUGCUGCAGGUGAAGCUGAAGACGGAGGAGCGGAGAGAGCUGAUCCGCCUGGACGAGCACAAGGCCCUGCUGUGCGUGGAGAUCUCCCGUCUGCAGAGAGCCGUCCACGAGAUAGAGGACAAGCUGAGAGAGCAGGACCCGUUCACUCUGCUGCGAAGCAUCAAAGUCCUGCUCCAGAGGCCAUCGCUGAAGUUUGAGAAACCUGCAUUUACACCACCCAGUCUGUGCGAGGGUCGGUUUGCAGGGCCCCUGCAGUACAGAGUGUGGAAAUCCAUGAAAGGAAGUAUUUACCCAGUUCCUGCAGCCAUCACAUUUAACUCCAGCACGGCCAACCCUUGGCUCAGCCUGACCUCCUCCCUCACCUGUGUUCGCUACCAGACCUUUAACCACACCGUGCAGGACAACCCCUACAGGUUCAACGCUGCCCUGUCCCUGCUCGGAAGCCAGGGCUUCACCCACGGACGCCACUACUGGGAGAUUGAAGUCUACAGCAGCACAGUCUGGACAGUGGGGGUGGCUCGUGAGUCGGUGCCUCGGAAGGGAGUCAUCAAAGCCCUACCAGCCAACGGCUUCUGGACUCUCUCCCUCUCUUAUGGGAUACAGUACAUGGCUGGCACCACACCUCCAACUGUCCUGUCCCUGGAGGAGCCACUGGCCAGGAUAGGAGUGUACCUCGACUACAAGAGGGGCCUGGUGUCCUUUUAUAAUGCAGAGAGCAUGACACAUCUCUACACCUUUAGGGAGAACUUCACCGAGACGCUGUACCCUUACUUCAACCUGGGCUUCCUGGAUAAAGUGCAUGAAAAUGAGCCUCUUAAAGUUUUCUUACCAAAGAUUUAACAAACUGGGAAAAAUGGUAACAAAAGGGUAAGAAGUUACAAAAAGUUACCAAACAAGCAUGAAAUCAAAGUGCAUUUCAGAAAAAGAGAAAACAUACUUUAUAGUGUACAGAAUUAGAUACAACAAAGUAUUUGUAUUUGUGCAAUAAACAGUUGACAUUUGUCCAAUGGAAACACAUGUAACAUACAUGUAACACAUAGUUCAAUAUGUAGACUGGAUCUACUGCCACACAUUUCAUUUCAGAGAAGCUGUGCUUCAGUAAAGAAUGUGAAACUGUCUGGUUACUUGACUAUUGUGACAUUAAAUGUAAAGUAGUAUUAUGGUUACUUUUGUAAUUCAAUGAUUUUUUUGUGCAUGAUACACUAAUACAUUUAAGUAAACAUCUUAAUCGUUUAAUACUGUGAUUUUUUUUUUUUUUACAUUUUGAAAAAAAUGUCAUCAUGAUUUUAACGUGUCAUAUUAUACUAACUAAUGUAUUUGGUGCAUUCAGGAGCUUUGGGAAAUUUUAAGCUUACAUAAAAGCAACUUAAUUUUAAUAGUCUUUUUUAUGUGAGCAAAUGGUUAGAAUUUUGGAUAUUUACUUUGUACUUGCUGUGCUUGAUGAAUUUAGUAUACCUGCUGUUUGACCUGGUUGAUCCCAAGCCUGAUGCAUGUUAAGUGGCACCCAAUAUCACACACAACUGUAUGAGUAAAAUUUUAUUAAAAGUUUUUCUUGAAAA